AACACUUUUUCUUAUUUUCUCUUUAAGGACGAAAAGAACCAGGUGUUGAUAACAAAUGCUUGGCUGGAGAUGAACUGGCAGGAUGUGUACCUCACCUGGAACCCAGAUGAUUACCCAGGGGUUCAGAACCUGCGCUUCCCCUCCAGUCAGGUGUGGGUACCCGAUAUUCUUCUCUAUAACAGUGCAGAUGAACGGUUUGAUGCCACAUUCCACACCAAUGUCCUCGUCAAUGCAUCAGGGGCAUGCCAGUACAUUCCACCAGGAAUCCUGAAGAGCACAUGCUAUAUCGAUGUGCGCUGGUUCCCCUUUGAUGUGCAAAAGUGUGACCUGAAAUUUGGCUCAUGGACACACAAUGGCUGGCUGCUGGACCUGCACAUGGUGGAAGUGGAUAUCUCAAGCUACAUCCCCAAUGGAGAGUGGGACCUUGUGGGUGUUCCUGGGAAGAGGAAUGAGCUCUACUAUGACUGUUGCAAGGAGCCUUAUCCAGAUGUCACCUUCACGGUCACCAUACGACGACGUACUCUCUACUAUGGGCUCAACCUUCUCAUCCCCUGUGUGCUCAUUUCUGGCCUCGCCCUGCUGGUCUUUCUGCUGCCUGCUGACUCUGGGGAGAAGAUCUCACUGGGAAUCACCGUCUUACUCUCCCUGACUGUCUUCAUGCUGCUGGUAGCGGAGAUAAUGCCUGCCACUUCGGACUCUGUUCCUCUCAUCGCCCAGUACUUUGCCAGCACUAUGAUGAUUGUGGGACUUUCUGUGGUUGUCACGGUUCUUGUGCUCCAAUUCCACCAUCAUGACCCUCACGGGGGCAAGAUGCCGAAGUGGGUGCGUGUGGUCCUGCUGAACUGGUGUGCCUGGUUCCUGCGCAUGAAGAAGCCCGGGGAAGACCGCAGGCCGUCAGCCAGCUACAAGUACAGCCAUCCUCAGCACCACUCCAGCUCCAGCAGCAUCCAAAUGGGCGCUGUACCUGGUCAGCCAGCCAGUACCAACGGCAACAUGAACAUCUACUUUGGCUACCAUGCCAUGGAGAAUCCCUGCUGUCCAGCUAGCACUGACUCAGGUGUGGUGUGUGGCAGGGCGACUGAGGAUCGAGACCGCAGCGGGAUGGUGUGGGAGCGCAUACCUGAAAUUACACGCAUCUUGGAGGAGUUGCAGUACAUUGCCCGCCGCUUCCGUGAGCAGGAUGAAGGCGAGGCCAUCUGUAGCGAGUGGAAGUUUGCGGCGGCCGUCGUGGACCGCCUCUGUCUGGUGGCCUUCUCACUCUUUUCCAUCAUUUGCACCUUCACCAUCCUCAUGUCGGCACCCAACUUCAUUGAGGCCGUUUCCAAGGAUUUCGCAUAA